AGGAACAAACAUUUCUUUAUCUUAAUUGGUCCAUUCAAGUUUUAGUCCACGAAUAAGAUUUUUGAACGCAUCUAUAAAAUUUACAGCGCACUUUGACAUUUCGAUCAAUCGAUUGUCCGGCUUGCAUUUGAUUGGUUGGAUUUCCGAGUCGGAACUGACCGAUAUGUGGUUGCGUUGUGUGUAUAUAAAUUUGUAUGUGUGAGAAUUUAUCGUUGCAGAGAGAGGAUGUGAAAUGUUAUAACAGGCGUCAAUAACGGUGUAAAUUAAGAUAAAUUUGAGAAAUACGCCAUGGCUGACUCGUCGUACGAAAAAGGAUUGACCGAACUGUCAAAAAUGAAGGUGGCUGAUCUGAGGAUAGAAUUAAAGCAAAGAGGACUUUCUUCUGUGGGCAACAAAAACGAAUUGGUAGAAAGGCUUCAGUUGGCAAUCCAGGGAGAUUCUGCAUUAUCCUUGGAUGAAACUACAGAAGAAAUUUUAGAUGAAGAUGAAGUACUUGGAGAUGAAGAAAUAGAAGAAUUAUCCAGUAAACCAGAUUCACAGGUGCUACCUGAGAAACGAAAAUUGUCUGUGGAGAGCAAUAAUACCAAUGCGAAAAAAAUAGUCCUGAACCGCAAACCUGUACUGGAAGAAAUUAAAAACGAUCAAGUGGAAAAAAAUGAAAAUAAAACUGUAAAAGAAUCUGAUGAUGCACCACCAGAGAAAAAGAUUAUUAAACUAUCAGAACUUAGCACAAAAGAGAGAUUAGAGAUGAGAGCUAAGAAAUUUGGAAUGCCAUUAACUGAGGCUGCAAAAAAGGAAGCUAGGUUAGCUCGAUUUAACAUCAAUAAUCAAAAUAAUAAAUCAGCUGCAUCUAUAAAAACACCUGUGAAUACUACUUACGAAACAUUGAAGAAACGUGGCGAAAGGUUUGGAACCUCUGUAUCUAGUGUGAUGGAAAAAGCUGAAUUGGCUGAACGAUUGGAAAAAAGAAAAGCUAGAUUUGGUGAAGUACAGCCCAACGAGAGUAAAGUAUCUUACAAUAAAGUCAAGAUUUGCAUCGACAUGGAGUUAUUUAAGUUAUUAAUAUAUGUUGUAUCGAGUUUGUAUGCACUUUCCUCGAAUGUUUAUUGCGACGAGACGGAUGCAUUCGAUGAUGUCACGCCGCCUAUACACGAACUGAAAAAUAUACAUCAUUUUUUUUAUAAGUCUGAAGAAAAGGAUCUUUCUAGUCUAGCAAUGCAAGCAAAAAGGAGUGAUCAAUCUGCAUUGGCACAAUCGUGUAGCUGUAAAGAAUUAGACGAACAAAAUACUCAGGGAGCAGUCUUUUAUAAACGUUUGAUUGCUAUAUUAUUAUCAAAUCUUGCCAUGCAGAAAGUUGACGACAAGUUAAUUGGAACGAUCAAUGUAGAAGCAUCCUUAUCACAACUUGAAUAUCUUAAGAAUUUUAUAAAUGGCCAAGGAUCUAUAAGAGAAGUUGAUAGAAUUCUGGACAAUGUCAUAAAACAACAAUCUGAUUACUCUAUGUGUUACCAUAUGGCGGAAAUUUCUCAUUAUUGUCAUUUAUUAUUAAAGUAUUUAAUGAAUUAUUUGUUAAUCAUGAAAGAUCAUUGGGACAUAACUAUAAUCUUCUUAAUAAUCGUAUUCAGUUUUAUGAUGUUGAUGAGAAGACAAAGAUGGUCAGGAGGUUUAAUUAUGUUUUUAUUGAUUGAGAUCAUAUUUAUAAUAAGUUUUUUCAUAACUUGGUGGCGACUUAUACAGGAAGCAGAAAUUAAAUUAAUGGCUGCUCAAGCACAAUUUGCAGAAAUGCCAAUUGCUUGUCAGCCACAUAAAAUGGGUCUCUGGCACAAAAUAUAUGCAUCAAUUUUUGCUUCGAACGAAUGUGAAAAGUACUAUGAAUCAAUUAUGACGAAUCCUAGAUUGCAAGUGACACCAGCAUAUGCAUUGACAUACUUUCUUAGUACAGUCAUUUUUCAACCAUUUUCAUAUUUUGGACUUGUUAUGUCUGAAUUUAUAGAUAAUGCUACAAGUAAACUGAACUUUGUUUCUAAAACUACCAUCACAUUCGUUCUUUUCUUAACUUUCUGCAUAUGCAUAAUAUUAUUACCAUUUUCCUUGAUUGGCGGAUCUAUUAACUUUGGUGUGGGACCAUUCUUCAAAUUUGGAAUAAAGGGUAAAGAAAACAAUUCCAAUAAAAAACAAGAACGCAUUGAACGGAUUUACGAGGUUACUUCGCCUAAAAAACGACUGAAUGAUUCAGAGAUGAUGGAGCAAAUUACAUGGGAGCAGCAAGAUAAAGAUCCUGCUGGAGGCGAUGCUGGCAUUGGAAUACAUCAUCCGAGUGAGAAACAUAUAAAGUGCAAAUGUAAAAAUAAAAAUGUAGAUGAAAGUAUUAAGUGUAAAAAAAGAGAGGAGAGAGAUGACACGAUUGUUAACGAUUGUUAACUUCUCUCACACUGCCAUAUGUACAGUGCUGUUACAGAAAUUUAAUAGAUUGCUUGAUUAUUUA